UCGAAGUGUUCAUGCUUGAAAACUUGGGAGCUUCAUUUUCUGGAGCGAGCUCAAUGCAAUUAUGCAUUAUAACAGUGUAAUCAGGAUUCAGGGGGCGACUCAAUGAAGCAGGAAGGGUGAAGAAGCUGAAGUGUGAAGCUGGGGAGGACGAGAUCACCAAUCUGGAGACUGCCAGCGCGUGUUGACAGGAUGGAGGACGCAUUUGCAAAGGAAGUGAAAGAGGUUCUGGCCUUCUUCAACGUAGACCCCACCACCGGCCUGAGCGACAGCCAGGUGGCGCGCAACCGCAGCCUUUAUGGCCGCAACGAGAUGCCCCCCGAGGAGGGCGUCCCCUUCUGGAAGCUCGUUCUGAAGCAGUUCGACGAUUUGCUAGUCAAGAUCCUGCUGGUGGCGGCGCUCCUCUCGUUCCUGCUGGCGCUGGGGGACGGGGGCGGCGAGAGCUCUGCGUUCGUGGAGCCCUUUGUGAUCCUGCUCAUCCUGGUCGCAAACGCCACCGUCGGCGUCAUCACGGAGACCAACGCCGAAAAAGCGAUUGAAGAGCUGAAAGCUUACGAGGCUGAUGUGGCGACAGUGGUUCGCAACGGGCGGCUGGCCAUCCUGCCAGCUGGAGAACUAGUGGCGGGGGACAUUGUGGAGGUGGCGGUGGGGUGCAAGAUUCCGGCGGACAUGCGCCUUGUGCAGGUGCUCGGGAACCAGCUCCGGGUGGACCAGGCACUGCUCACAGGCGAAAGCUCGUCGGUGUCCAAAGAUGUGGCCCCCACAACAACCCCGAAGGCCGUGUACCAGGACAAGCACUGUAUUCUGUUCAGCGGGACAGUGGUCACGGUGGGGCGAGGACGGGCGGUCGUAACGGCAGUGGGGAGCAACACGGGCAUUGGCAAGAUCCGGGGCAUCAUGACGGAAACGGAGCCGGAGAUGACGCCGCUCAAGAAGAAGCUGGACGAGUUUGGGACGUUCCUGUCGAAGGUUAUCGCAGUGAUAUGUAUUUUGGUCUGGGUGGUGAACAUCGGCCACUUUCGGGACCCUGCGCACGGGGGCUGGUUCCGAGGGGCCAUCUACUACUUCAAGAUUGCCGUCGCUCUCGCGGUCGCCGCCAUCCCGGAGGGCCUGCCCGCGGUGGUGACGACGUGCCUGGCGCUGGGCACCAAGAAGAUGGCGCGCCUGAACGCGAUCGUGCGCUCGCUGCCGUCGGUCGAGACGCUGGGGUGUACUACGGUCAUCUGCAGCGACAAGACCGGCACGCUCACCACCAACAUGAUGUCCGUCGCAAAGGUGUGCGUCGUGGGCUCCCCCUCCAAGGCCAGCCUUCACGAGUACAGCAUCACGGGCACCACGUACGCCCCCGAGGGGCUGGUCAUCGACGCCUCAGGCGUGAAUGUGCAGCGACCAGCGGCCCUGCCCAGCCUGCUGCAGGUCGCCCUCUGCUGCUCCCUGUGCAACGACAGCACCGUGCAGUACAACGCCGAGCGAGGGACGUACGAAAAGGUGGGCGAGGCAACAGAGGUGGCGCUGCGUGUGUUGGCGGAGAAGCUGGGCCUGCCCGAGUACGGGAGCAUGCCCCACUCGCUGACCAUGCUGAGCAAGCAGGAGCGCAACGCAUUUUGCAAUAACUACUGGGCUGCGCUCUACCCCCGAAUUGCGGUCCUCGACUUCGAGCGCAGCCGCAAAAUGAUGUCCGUCCUCUGCUCCUCUCCGGGGGGGUCCGUUCUCCUCACCAAGGGCGCCCCCGAGGCCGUCCUCGCGCGCUGCACUUACGUUCUGUGCAACGAAAACGGAACCUCCGCUCCGCUGACGUCAGAGCUCCGAGCUCAAGUUCAGUUGAGACUCGAACAGUACGGGCAGCACGAGAUGCUCCGGUGUCUGGCCUUGGCAUUCCGUUCCGUUUCCGGCGGACAGACGUCGCUUUCCCCGGCGGACGAAACGGGGCUCACGUUCGUUGGGCUGGUCGGGAUGCUGGAUCCGCCCAGGGAGGAGGUCCGUUCCGCCAUCGACACGUGCCGUUCCGCCGGAAUCCGAGUGAUUGUCGUCACGGGAGAUAACAAGGCGACCGCCGAGGCGGUGUGCACACGGAUCGGGGCGUUGGACCCGUUCGAUGAGUCGGGCGGAAAAAGUUACACGGCGGCGGAGUUUGAAGAACUGUCGGGAAACGAGCGGGCUUCCGCGGUGCGAAGUAUGGUGCUGUUCUCGCGCGUCGAGCCGCAACAUAAAAGCAUGCUGGUGGAUCAACUGAAGAUGCUGCAGGAAGUGGUAGCGAUGACGGGGGAUGGAGUGAACGACGCACCGGCGCUCAAGAAAGCGGACAUCGGCAUUGCGAUGGGGUCCGGCACCGCGGUCGCGAAAGGCGCGUCGGAUAUGGUGCUAGCGGACGACAACUUCUCGACGAUAGUUGCGGCGGUGGCGGAGGGGCGGGCGAUCUAUAACAACACGAAGCAGUUCAUACGCUAUAUGGUCUCGUCGAACAUUGGGGAAGUCGUAUGUAUAUUCGUGGCGGCGGCUCUAGGGAUGCCCGAGACGCUCAUUCCGGUUCAGCUGCUUUGGGUUAACCUGGUAACCGACGGGUUACCGGCGACGGCGCUGGGGUUCAACAAGCAGGACCGGGACGUGAUGAUGCAGAAACCUAGGAAGAUGAACGAGUCCAUCGUCAACGGCUGGCUGUUCUUCCGGUACCUGAUAGUCGGGAUCUACGUGGGGCUGGUCACGGUGGGGGGUUUCGCCUGGUGGUACCUCUACUACUCCGGGGGGCCGCAAAUCACCUGGGCGGAGCUGACGUCGUUCGACCGGUGCGUGGAGGGCGAGGUGCGGUACUCGUGCGGCAUCUUCUUGGACCGGCGGCCGUCGACCAUCUCCAUGAGCGUGCUGGUUACCGUGGAAAUGUUCAACGCGCUCAACAACCUCAGCGAGAACCAGAGCCUCCUAGUGCUCCCCCCCUGGAGCAACCUGUGGCUGCUGGGCGCCAUCGCGCUGUCGUUCCUGCUCCACUUCUUCAUCCUGUACGUCCCCUUUGCGGCGACCAUGUUUUCCGUGGUCGGCCUCAACUUUGCCGAGUGGCAGGCCGUCUUCUGGCUGUCCUUCCCGGUCAUCAUACUCGACGAGAUCAUGAAGCUGCUAUCACGAAGAGGGGCGGGCCACCGCACCGAUUCCUUGCGUGCCAUGCUCACGCCGCGGCGCAGCAGCCGCGGCAAGUUUUUGCUACCCACAACCACGAGAGAGCACCACAUCGCGUGACGUCACCUGUCUCGCAUGACGUCACCCCGUGCUAGGAACUAACGCGAGAGGAGAUUCCGAGAGCGGCACCACUGACCGGCAUGCUUUGCGCUUGCAGGUAGAUUUGCGACAUCAAGUAGGCGAAGCGAACUUCGACUGAC